AUGCGUCUAGGAGCCAUAGUACCGAAUUUCAAAGCUGAAACCACCAAGGGACCCAUCAAUUUCUACGAUUGGCAAGGAAAUUCCUGGGUUGUUCUAUUCUCACACCCCUCGGACUUUACACCCGUCUGCACCACCGAGUUGGGACGCAUCGCCGUUCAUCAGCCAGAAUUCGCCAAACGUAAUGCCAAGUGUUUGGCUCACUCCGUGGAUGAUUUGAAAUCACACGUUGACUGGGUGAACGAUAUUAAGUCCUAUUGUCUGGAUAUUCCCGGAGAAUUCCCCUACCCGAUCAUUGCAGACCCUGAUCGUGAUUUGGCUGUACUCUUCGGCAUGUUGGAUGAGGAGCAGAAACGUGACCCGGAAAUCGGCAAAACCAUUCGCGCACUCUACAUCAUCAGCCCCGAUCACAAAGUUCGUGUGUCGAUGUUCUACCCCAUGUCCAUGGGCCGAAAUGUUGAUGAGAUCUUACGUUGCUUGGACUCAUUGCAACUGACUGACAAGCUGAAGGUUGUGGCCACACCCGCCAACUGGACUCCUGGCACCAAAGUCAUGAUUCUUCCCACUGUGACCGACGAGGAAGCAAACAAACUGUUCCCAAAAGGUUACGACAAAGUGACAAUGCCGUCCGGCGUCAAUUAUGUCAGAACUACUGAAAAUUACUAAACUUUAGUCAAA